AUGUCCGCUUUUCACCACUCGCUUUUUCCACCUCUCUCUCUUUCCACCUCUCUCUCUUUCCACCCCUCUCUCUCUUUCCGCUUCUCUCUUUCCUUCCACCUCUCUCUCUCUUUUCACUUCUCUCUAUCUUUCCACCCCUCUCUCUCUUUCCACUUCUCUCUCUCUUUCCACUUCUCUCUCUCUUUCCACUUCUCUCUCUCUUUCCACCUCUCUCUUUUCACUUCUCUCUUUCUUUCCACCUCUCUCUCUCUUUCCACUUCUCUCUCUUUCCACCUCUCUCUCUCUUUUCACUUCUCUCUUUCUUUCCGCCCUCUCUCUUUUCACUUCUCUCUCUUUCCACUUCUCUCUCUCUCUCUUCACUUCUCUCUCUCUUUCCGCUUCUCUCUCUCUUUCCACCUCUCUCUCUUUCCACUUCUCUCUUUCUUUCCACCUCUCUCUCUCUUUCCACUUCUCUCUUUCUUUCCACCUCUCUCUCUCUUUUCACUUCUCUCUUUCCACCUCUGA